AUGAAGUCAUCCUUGCAGUUGGCGUCGUUGUGUUUCGAGCAUGAUCUCUUCGCUCUCCAGGUAGACACUACAUUGCGCUACCUCUUUCACUCCUCCUGGUGCAGCAUAUGCAACUUCGUUGCCAAGUGUUCCGCAGUCCACUUGGCACUUGUUGCAGACCAUGCGGUAGCCCCAGAUAUGCAACAUAUCGCGAGGAUCGUUCCUUUUGAUGGUGGCGGAAAUUGGGCUUUCACCGAGUUCGCAGCGCGCGAGGACGUCGGACAAGACGUCCUUGUAGUUCGCACCGUGGUUGGAUGGGUGUCCGGUACCGCUUCAGACCCUUUCAUGAAGCACGAUAUAACUUGGUGCCUGGAUGUGGCGGAUGGUGGUAAAAUUGCAUAUACUAUCCCCUACAGUCUAUUCGGGAUAGUACUAAGGACACAUUAG